AUGUCUUCGUCUCUAGGUGAUGCAGUCAAGCUUCCAUGCGGGCUGGUCUUUCCCAACCGCCUCGUCAAGGCUGCAAUGGCCGAGCUGUUGGCCGGCUCAGAACAUACCCCUACACCCAAACUGAUGGAAGUCUACAACCAAUGGGGCAAAGGAGGAUGGGGUGCCGUGCUCACGGGACUCCCGCUAAGUAUCCAAUGCUACUGGACAGGCAACGUCCAAGUCGACGUCAACCACCUGGGCAGUCCCUUGGACCCCGCCCUGCCAGGCGAGUACACAGGCAAAGAGUCCAACCCGGCGCUCGUCGAGACAUGGGCCAAAUAUGCCGAGGCCAGCCAGCAGCACGGCGUCCCCUCCAUCGUGCAGAUCUGCCAUCCGGGCCGGCAGUCGUUCCGCAUCGCAGGCAAACGCGGUAUCUUCGCAUCGACGAUUGCGCCCAGCGCGAUCCCCCUGCAGAUGGGGGACGGGCUCCUGGACCGGAUCAUCAGCCGCCUGGCGUUCCCUGCGCCGAGGGAGAUGACGCAGCAGGAUAUCGAUACUGUGACGAGGCAGUUUGUUGAUACCGCGCGGCUGAUGGCCGACGCGGGGUUUUCGGGAAUCGAGCUGCAUGGUGCGCAUGGCUAUCUGAUUGACCAGUUCUUGAAUCCAAAGACGAAUCUACGAACCGAUGCAUACGGCGGCUCCGCAGAAAAGCGAGCCAAGUUCGUCCUCGAUAUCCUCUCGCAAACCCGCAAAGUCGUCCCCGCCACCUUCUGCAUCGGCAUCAAGUUCAACUCGGCAGACCACUCCUCCGCCUCCUUCGAAGACACCAUGACCCAGAUCGGCCUGCUCGUCGACGCAGGCAUCGACUUUCUCGAAGUAAGCGGCGGAUCAUACGAGGAUCCCAAGAUGAUGGGCAUCGACUCCCAACCUCACCCCGAGAAAAGCCAACGCACCCUCGCGCGCGAAGCCUUCUUCCUCGAAUUCGCCCGCGAAACCCGCAAGCGCUUCCCGACCCUCAUCCUCAUGCUCACGGGCGGAUUCCGCAGCCGCGCCGGCGCAGAGCACGCCCUGCGUGAGAACGCAUGCGAUCUGAUCGGUAUCGGCCGGCCCGCGGCUGUGGAACCGGCUUUCGCGAGCCGGCUGCUGGACGAUAGUGUGCCUGCGGAGGAGGCCGAGAUGCACUUGAGCACGGUUAAGCCGCCGUUUUUGCUGAGUUUGCUGCCGAUUAAGGCGGUUGGGGCGGGGUUGGAGAGUUCGUACUAUGCGGGGCAGAUCAAGCGGAUAGGUGAGGGGCUGAAGACAUUUGCGCCGUCGUUGUGA